AUGGUUCACAUCAAUGUGUUGAAAAAGUUAACGUGUGUUCUUGUGGUGAUCCUGGUAGCUCUGACGGUUUGCCUGUGGAGAGAGGCGAGAAGAAGCUACUAUGUUCCUUUCAAGACCGAGAGCAGUGAUUCGCAGGUUCACAGGACUUCAGAAAAGUGGAACCCACUGAAAUCACGGGGCCUUUUCCGUGACACUGCCAGUGAAUUGGGUCAAAUACCCAAAACUUGGUUUAAUGACAACAGCAAAGUAAAAGGCAGUAUCCCUGGAACAGAUGAAAGAUCCAAGAAAUCAGCAGACUCUGUGAAGGUAUGGGAUAAGGACAGUUCAUCCAGAAAUCUCAUCCCCAGGCUGCAGAAGGUCAGAAAAAACUACCUGUCCAUGAACAAGUACAAUGUGACUUACACUGGGAAGAGGAAUGCUGCUAAACUCAGCCCAGAGAAGCUGCUCUGCCAGCUACGGGACAGGGUGAAUGUGACCAUGAUACAGGGAUCGGAUGGUCCUUUCGAUACCUCUGAAUGGCAGCAGUACCUACCAGGGAAAAGCCUCAAUGAGACAGUGGGCCGCCUGGGUCGCUGUGCUGUUGUGUCCUCAGCAGGGUCUCUGAAAUCAUCUCAUUUGGGACAGCAGAUAG